AAUCCUUCCUGAUGCAAAAUACUUAAAUGCAGAGCCAACUGAACGUGCAACUGUAGACUGUGCUUAUAUAUUAUAAAUGUUUAAUAUUUAACAACUGACUUUUGAGAGUCUAAUUUAUAUACAUACAUAACGACCUAACAUAAAAACCGCGAUCAAAGCAAAAUACAUAUUUACAAAAACGAUAACUAAUUGAUAGCAUUUAAAAGUAAAACUCCGUCAGGUAAACAAAUCGCGAUUGUGUUAACUAAACAAAACUAUUUCUUUGGUUGCUAUUCAUUUUUUGGGAGCCCCCUCAGACUAAGUCGUAAAUGUUGUGGUAACUGUUGUGCUGUAACUUCUUACAUCUGUGUAUUCGUAAUUCUGCGUGCGUUGGCACCUCUUUCCCCCCUCUGUCUCUCUUUGCCCUGCCGCGCCUUCCAAACUCCUCAAGGUGAUGCCAUUUUGCAUCAUGAGCAGCAGCAGCUUAGCAGCUAAGCGUUUAAGCGGCAUCGCUAGUGGCAGUGGCAGUGGCAAGAACGAUAGCCUUAAGAGCCACAGUAGAGUCUGUAAGAUAGCUGAUUGGUUUCCACAACGCGCCGAGGAGAAUAAGCGCAAGAAGCGCGUCGAGCAGCAGCGGCAACAGCAGCGGCAGAGACGCGGUGCCAAGGUCUUUAAAUGUGUUAGUGACUCCACUGGUCAUCUGACACUGGCACCCUCUAGACUCUUCGAGCGCACCCCCAUGAGCCCGUCCGAUAGCCUGGAUGAGAUUGCGCUGCAGAUACCAAGAGUUCGUGUGGAAUACUACGUUAAUGAAAACACAUUUAAAGAAAGACUGCAACUCUAUUUCAUUAAGAAUCAGCGAUCAAGCUUACGCAUACGAAUUGCCGAUUUAUUCCUUAAGUUACUGUCGUGUGUUCUCUACAUAAUACGUGUGAUAUUGGAUAAAAAUCCAACAUUUAUAACAUGCUACGGCUGCGAAGUGGCCAAUAAAACAGAGUUUAUACUCUCCGCCAAACUGACCGAGGAGGAGUUCCAGGAGAAUCCAAUUAUCAACUGGGAUGGCAUUCUCUGGGUGAAUCGACCCACAGUUCUGUGGGUUCUACAACUACUAUUGGCCAUGGUGUCGCUAACGCAAUCUUUGGUUUUAACAUAUCUAGGCUAUAAGGGCAACAUAUGGCAGCAAAUACUUUCAUUUCACUUUAUACUAGAAUUAGUGACGACAAUACCCUUUGCAUUAACGAUUGUCCAUCCUCCUCUGCGCAAUCUCUUCAUUCCUAUAUUUCUCAACUGCUGGCUGGCUAAGCGUUCGCUGGAGAACAUGUUUAACGACCUGCAUCGGGCUAUGCAAAAAUCGCAGUCGGCCUUGUCACAGCAGCUUACCAUCCUGUCGGCCACUCUGCUGUGUCUGGUCUUCACCAGUGUUUGUGGCAUUCAGCAUUUUCAGCGUGCCGGCCAUCGUCAUUUGAAUCUGUUCCAGAGCACCUACUAUGUAGUCGUGACGUUCUCAACUGUCGGCUAUGGCGAUUUUGUACCAGACAUUUGGCCAUCACAGCUAUAUAUGGUCAUUAUGAUUUGUGUGGCGUUGAUUGUGCUGCCCACUCAGUUUGAGCAAUUGGCUUUUACUUGGAUGGAGCGGCAGAAGCUAGGCGGCAGCUACUCUUCGCAUCGGGCCCAGAGUGAGAAGCAUGUGGUAGUUUGCUCCACAACAUUGCAUGCAGACACCAUCAUGGACUUCCUUAACGAGUUUUAUGCGCAUCCGCUGCUGCAAGACUUCUAUGUGGUGCUGCUCAGUCCCAUGGAGUUGGACACGACCAUGCGCAUGAUACUUCAGGUCCCGAUAUGGGCGCAGCGAGUCAUCUACAUACAGGGCUCCUGUCUAAAGGAUGGAGACUUGGCCCGUGCCCGCAUGAACGAGGCCGAGGCCUGUUUUAUUUUGGCCGCUCGAAAUUAUGCGGAUAAAACGGCGGCCGACGAGCACACGAUACUGCGCUCCUGGGCAGUCAAGGACUUUGCCCCCAACGUGCCUCAGUAUGUCCAGAUAUUCAGGCCGGAACACAAGCUGCAUGUGAAGUUCGCCGAGCAUGUGGUCUGUGAGGAUGAGUUCAAGUACGCCCUUCUGGCCAACAAUUGCACCUGUCCCGGAGCCAGCACGCUGGUCACGCUCCUCCUCCAUACCUCACGCGGCCAGGAAGGCCAACAGUCCCCGGAGGAAUGGCACCGUCUCUAUGGCAAGUGCUCGGGCAAUGAAAUUUAUCACAUUGUGCUCGGCGACAGUCGUUUCUUUGGGGAGUACGAAGGAAAAAGUUUUACCUACGCCAGUUUUCAUUCGCAUCGCAAGUACGGCGUGGCGUUGGUUGGCGUGCGACCGGCAGAGUUGCCCGAGUUUUAUGAAGACACCAUUUUGCUGAAUCCAGGACCUCGACAUAUUAUGAAGAAGGAUGACACGUGCUAUUACAUGAGCAUCACUAAGGAGGAGAACUCGGCGUUUGUUGUUAAUCAAAACCAAGCUACAGACACGACGGCAGCCAGCAAGGAUGGCGUCGGUGGCGGCAUGGGCGGGGCCCUCGCAGGCGCCCCAAACAGUGGCACAGCAGCUGCCAGCGAUAACCCAACAGCUGUGAUAAUAUCGGACUCAAAGCAAAAUCUAAAGGAUACGACUGUUAGCACAACGCACUUGACGACGGGCGCUGCCGCAACAGCAGCAACAACAACGACCACAAUUACAACAACAGCCCUGCCGACCACAUUGGGAGUAGGUGGUGGCAGUGGCACCACCGGAGGCGGACUUGGUGCCGGCCUCAACAUCGGCACAAGCCUGAGCGUGACACCUGCGACACUAACAACAACCGGCAAUCACUUGGAUGUACCAUUUGGCAACAAUCCCAACCUCCUCAGUCCUGAUGUGCACAAUCAGCGUAGAGGUAGUCGUAGGCCUUCGAUACUGCCGGUCCCCGAUAUGUUUACCUCCUCAUCGUUCAGCAUAUCGGGCAAUGACGAUGGCGAGGAAGGCGAUGAAAGUGACGACGAAAUUGAUGAUGAAAUGCCUUGGCGAUCACCUUCGGAGAAAAUUGCCAUCGUCAAGGGUUUCCCCCCGGUUUCACCAUUCAUUGGCGUUAGUCCGACGCUCUGCUUUUUGCUCAAAGAGAAAAAGCCCCUGUGCUGUCUUCAGUUGGCUCAGGUGUGCGAGCACUGCAGCUAUCGCAAUGCCAAGGAGUAUCAGUGGCAGAACAAGACCAUCAUUCUCGCCGCCGACUAUGCAUCGAAUGGCAUAUACAACUUUAUCAUACCGCUGCGUGCACAUUUCCGAUCGAAGACAUCGCUCAAUCCUAUCAUAUUGCUGCUAGAGCGUCGGCCAGACGUGGCCUUUCUGGAUGCACUAUCCUACUUCCCAUUGGUCUACUGGAUGCUUGGAUCCAUCGAUUGCCUCGACGAUCUCUUGCGAGCGGGAAUAACUCUGGCCGAAAGCGUUGUGGUGGUCAACAAAGAGCUCUCCAAUUCGGCAGAAGAGGAUUCGCUGUCCGACUGUAAUACUAUAGUGGCAGUCCAAAACAUGUUCAAAUUCUUUCCGAGCAUCAAGAGCAUUACGGAGUUAUCGCAGAGCUCCAACAUGCGGUUCAUGCAGUUCCGAGCCCAUGACAAAUACGCAUUACACCUCAGCAAAAUGGAGAAGCGUGAGAAAGAGCGAGGAUCGCAUAUCUCGUACAUGUUUCGACUGCCAUUUGCUGCCGGAGCUGUCUUCAGUGCCUCCAUGCUGGACACGCUGCUGUAUCAGGCUUUUGUGAAGGACUAUGUCAUAACCUUUGUGCGACUGCUAUUGGGUAUAGAUCAGGCUCCCGGCAGUGGCUUUUUGACAUCGAUGCGCAUUACAAAGGACGACAUGUGGAUACGCACGUACGGCCGGCUGUACCAGAAACUUUGUUCGACCACUUGCGAAAUACCAAUUGGCAUUUAUCGCACACAGGAUACCUCGAAUGCGGACACAUCACAUUACGACGAGGAAACUGGCACGCCCGACUCGGCAAAGGACAGCACGGAAAUGCUGCGAGGUGUUACCUAUCGGCCGCCCUCAGCAGGUGGCGUCAUGAGCCCUGAUGGCGGUAGUGGUAUUGGUGGCGGUGCUGGUGGUGGUGGUGGUGGUGGUGGCGUGGGCAGCAGUCGCCGGCAACGCCGAAAGUCCGUCAACUGUUUGGGUGGUUGCUCGGAGCGCAAGGGAUCAUCAUACUCAAUCAAUUUGGCGGACGAGGCGCGCGACAAUCACGCUCAGCAAAUCGAAAGGGCCGAAAUUGCCAAUCUGGUGCGCAGUCGGAUGGAGUCGUUGAAUUUGCCAACCGUGGAUUAUGACGAUGUCAGCGAGAAACGCAAUCACCUCUCCUAUGUGAUAAUUAAUCCGAGCUGUGAUCUCAAGCUGGAGGAGGGUGAUCUGAUCUAUCUGGUUCGUCCGUCGCCGUUUUCGGCACAGAAAACCUUCGAGCGUCACAAUUCGCGUCGCAAAUCGAACAUCUCGUUUUGCUCAAAUAUCAAUUUGGGUGCCACAUGCGGCCCCCAAAUGCCAACAAUGCCAAACGCCGCCGUCGGUGCGGGUUCGCGUCGGGGUUCCGGCAUUGCCGGCUUGAACCCCAUGCAAAUGCAGAGCGUUCAGACGUUGGCCGGCCCGACGGUGGUUGGCUCACAGCGCGGCAGGAGUAACUCAUUGCGGAUCGAUAACGACAUUUUGCUGCGUCGUUCCUCCUCGUUGCGGCAGGGCCUGCCCAACGUCGGUGUCAGCCACGGGCGGCGCAAAUCCUCGCUCGAGGAGAUCGGCAUUAGUCACUUUACAACGUUAAUGCAGGCAACGAAUCACAGCAAUCCCAUCAAGAUAUCGCUUAACGGCAGCAUUGGUCUUGAGAAUCAAAUUUCAUUGCAGGUCACGCCCCCGGAGGAGCCAACCCCUAUGCUGGGGGUGCCAUGCAUGUUGGGGAGCGGCGCUGGCGGUGGCAUCAAUCCCUCGACGUUGGGCAGCUCCGGCGGCAUGCUAGGCUCUUCACUGGCCAUCAACACUGCUGAUUUGGGCGGACCGAGCACUUCGUCAGCCUCACUACAGGCUCAGGACUCGCUGCCCCAGUCCUCCCAGGUGCAGUCCCCGCAGCAUUUGCAGGGCACGAUUGUAUGAUACAACCUCAUGUGGGGUCGCCGACUCCGCUCAUCGAUGUCGAAAAACAAAUGGAUAUAGAAUACGGCCAGCACCCACAGACGCAAGGAUAAGUUUUAAAGUCCCCAAAUCAUACACAAACCCACCCUCCAUAAAGCUAUCCGCAGAAUUGUCUGUGUGGUGUGGGCCUCGGCUAACAUUGAAGAGCAAAAAGUGUUGCCUACUCGCAGGCGCUCACUUGUAAAUAAUUACUACAUAGGCUACUCAAGCAAAUAUUUUGAUUGAUAAAUGAAUAAAUGUUCACACGAAUUGGCAACUAGGAGAAGAAACCUAAGUUAAGCAUUCAAUAUAAUUAUAGUGAUUAAUAAAAGAAAGAUUAUGCUUUUUGCAGUAUUUAAUUGAGAUGUGCUUAUCGUUUGAAUUCAAAAUGCCUAUUAGAGCAAUAAAUUUUAUGCAAAAUUCUGUCUGCUUUAUUCAAAUGAGGCAAAUGUGUUUUGGGAACAACAAUGUAGUUAAACUAUGGAAUGAAUGCGGCGUAUACCCAAAAAUGUGUAGUGGGGAAUAACCAUAAGUUAGCUGUAUAUAUGGGGCAUGAUGAGAGAUAUUGGUCAUAGUGCAUACAAACUAGUACUCAUGGUUAAAAAGUGCGUUAGAUGCUAUGUGUAUGUGUCCUAGACUUAAGCGAAUUAUUUAUACCAUACCAUGUAGCAUAGUUUUUGCGAAUUCAUAGUAGAAUAAAGCUCUUGUGUCGGACCUUUGCACAAUUCCACAAUUUGUUGUGGCUUAAACAAAAUUGAUAGGGAGGGAUUGCACAUUUCACAUUGGUUUUCUAAAGUCUCUUAAAACGACGUACACUUAAGUCUUCAUUCUAAUCAUGCCAUCAGCAUUUCAGUUUAUGGUUAUUAAACUAAUUUUAUAAUGAACCCAACAUAUUUCAUUGAAGGUGCUAUUAAUGUUUUGUACUAUACACCAAAAACCACAACACAAGUUGAAUUUAUCAAAGAAUAAAAUUACAUAAACAUAUUUUUAUGAUAAUCUAUGAAACAUUUUGAAUGAGCGUAUAAAAAAACGAAUACAUUUUCAUAGAUUGCGAAGGGCUUUGGUAUACUCUAAUGCUUUACAAGACAAACUAAUUUAGAUAAUUGUACUAGUAUAUAACUAUGUGUAUGUAAAUACAUUUGAUGUAUGUAUGUAUAUGGGAAUGUAUAUGUUUCAGAGAUAAGUAUUCAAUGAACUGUUUAAAACUAUGAAAACGCAAAACAACAGAAUUUUAUAUUAGAAAUGACACUAACAAUUACUAGCUCCAUAUAUAGUAUAUACUCGUAAGUCGAUGGAGUGAGCGAAAUAGUUUAGCUGCUCAAAGCAUGCGAACUGCUGCUAAUUAAUUGUAUUAUAAUAUAUGUACUUAUUUAUAAGCCCUACAUCUAAUGAAUAUCAUACGUCUAUCUAUGCUGUAUCGACUAACUGUCGGCCAACUGUACCAAAUUCAAUGAGCUAUACCCGUAAAAAGUACAUAAAAAUAAUCAGCAUCAAAUUGCUAGAACAUAGUAAUAAAACUAAGAAAGAUAUACAUAUAUAUUUCAUCAGUCAUGGAUUGCAGGAAAACCAAUGCUUUGCAGCUGAAUUCAAUUUGAUAAACUUAAAGGCCUAAAACUGAAACUGCAAUCCGCGGCAGGUGGAAGUGGGCGUGAAAUUGUAUAUAUAAUUAGAAACAGAUAAAUUGCAUUUGAAAAAGUUACUAACUUAGGCCGGGCUGUUCUGUCAAUAAGCAUUAGAAAUUUAGCAAGUCUAGUCUCUAAAUAUAGAGAGCCACAUAGAAAAUAGUCUGUAAGCAUUUGCACCUUCAUUAGUUAGCACCAGACACGACUCAAAAUCAAUGAAGUUUAUUUAAACACGUACAUACCUGUGUCUACCGAUAGAAAAUAUUGUAGCUAAAGCAUAUGACGUACCUACCAUAAAACACAUACAUAUUCACACAACAACAAACAAAAAGUGCACACAGAUCUAUAAGCGAAUUUUACUCAACGAUGAAGAUGAAAUAUGAAAUGCAUUCCAGUGUCUCAAAACCUUAUAUUGGGCAUGCAAGCUUAAGGACACACACAAUUGGAUGUGUGCCGUUUUGUAUGCCCAAUUAGAUAAGAUUAAAUAUGUACUCGUAUACUCGUAUGCAUAACAUACUCGUACAUACAAGUAUAUGUAACUAAAUAUAUGAAAGUAUAGCUGUAGCUACAGUCGGCACAUCAAUAGUAAUAGCAAAUAGUAUACACCUGUGAAUCUGGUCUCAAUGUACAAAACAAAAACCCAAACUUGUCAGGCCGCAAAAGCCAAUUGUAUACGGGAUGUAUAAUACGAGAGAAGGACACAUGUGCUGGCAAGUCCUUAGGAGGCAUCCCAGUAUUUAACUAAAUAAUAAACAAAACUAUUGUGUAUGUAUAUGGUUAGCUCAUAGACUUGCUGUAAUACCUAUCUAUGCUAUUUAAAGCAUAGCUGAAAUUCACACAAUAAAUUCAAAUAUAGCAAGACAGCA